AUGUCCCUCCGUACUUCAACGCCGGCCUCACAUUUGCGUCUUUCAGUCUGUUUUUCUAGCCAGGGAUCGAUUGGCGUCCUCUACUCUAAAACCAGACACAAGAAAUCGGGCGGAGCCGUCAAGACAUCCGGAGAAAUGGAAGGCCUGUCGGCUGAAGAACAGCCACCCGUACCUGUGCUUCUCCUUAAGACGCAGUCCGCACCCGGCGACUCAUACCAUGACCAGCUCACAGCCGCGCGGCUACCCAACGGGCGCCGCCUCGCCCCCAUCUUCGUCCCCGUGAUGCUGCACCAAUUCGAUGACGCCGGGCUGACCCUGCUGCGCGGCUUGCUGCGCGACCAAAAAAUCAGCCGCCACCCCGACGCCGCCUACGGGGGCCUCAUCUUUACAUCGCAGCGCGCCGUCGAGGCCUUUACCCACGCCGUCAACACCGGGCAGUCCUCGUCGCAUCUCGCUGACUUCCCCAUCUACAGCGUCGGACCGGCCACGACGCGGGCACUGCGCGCUGUGCGCCAGGAUUCCCUGCUACAGGUCUCGGGCGAGCACACGGGCACUGGCGAGGCGCUCGCACACUACAUUCUGGACGACUAUGGCGCGCGGUACGCCGGCUGCCCAACAAAACCGCCGUUGUUAUUCCUCGUUGGCGAGCAGCGUCGCGACAUCAUCCCCCGGACGCUCAUGGAUCCCGUGCUGGCGGCGGACCGCCGCAUCGAAGUGACGGAGAGGGUCAUUUACGGGACCGGUGUCAUGGAGUCGUUUCCGGCAGACUUUGGUAGGCGGCUCGAGGAGGCGGCGGCGAUACCCCGCGUGCCCUCGGUGCUGCCGUCGCGGUGGGUGGUCGUCUUCUCGCCAACGGGGUGUGAUAGCAUGCUACGCGGACUAGGGUUGCUGGACGAGGCGGGCAAGGUUGCUCCUGGCCGGCGAGAUGGCACGACGUUUAUUGCUACCAUUGGACCUACGACGAGGGACUUUCUCAUUGACACGUUUGGCUUUCACCCAGACGUGUGCGCGGCGAAACCAAGCCCAGAGGGCGUCCUAGAGGGCAUAGCAGAAUUCGAAGCACAGUUGAUAUCUUAA